AUGAACAGAUUCUUUGCUCACAGACAUGUGUUAUUAUACCAGCCAAGACGUAGUCUAUUUACUUCAUAUCCUUCACUACAACAGCAACAGCAACAGCAACAAUCUAAAACUGCAAAAACAAAGUCUUUCAUGAAAAAGUAUGGCUAUGCAGGCAUAGGAGUUUAUUUGACACUGGGUGCUAUUGACUUGGCAGCAACCAUGGCAGUCAUUAGUGUAAAAGGAGCUCAACAAGUCAAGGAAGCAGAAAACUAUGUAAUUGGGAAAAUGAAGAACUGGGUGGGCCUUAAACACACACCUACAGACGCAUCACAUCUAUCUGACGAAAAGCCUUCUUUUACCACACUUUUUGUUAUUGCCUAUGGCAUUCAUAAAACAAUUUUACUACCCUUUCGGCUCUCUCUGACGGCUGCCAUCACACCUACUGUUGUAAGAAGACUGCAGACAUGGGGUUGGAUACAGCGUAAAAUCAAUAAAUAA